AGGAGCAGAGGCCAGUUUCAAUUUCAACCAGCACUCACAUACACAAGACAUACCUGAGACCUGAAGCUUACACCGACAUCCACCAACAGGUUUGCUUUUAAGGAAACAGGCAGCCGGGAAGUGACGGAUUGUGAUUCAGAGAUACGUUAUGAAUUAUUGACUGGCCGUCUCCUCGUUCACCUGAAAGCUUUGCUCACCGUUACAGGCCUCCCUGAUUGGAUUUUCGUUCCCGUGGGAAAUCUUCUCUGCACAUAACUUCACAUAACAUCAGCCGAUCAUGGACGUCAUCGACCCUAUCCUGAGCAUCGCCUCAGAGAUCUACGCUCUGGUUGAGACGGUGAAGGCCAAUAAGAAGCGCAGCCAGCGUGUUUGUCACCGAGUCAAAGCCCUGGAUGAGCUGCUGAGGUCCAUCAAAAAGAGAGAAAUGGGACAAACCACUGCCGACGUAAAAAGAGCCCUCGGGGAACUCUCCUUAACUCUGACAUCAGCUAAGGCACUCAUCAAGAAGUACACUUCGGCCACCUGGGUGAAACGCAUCCUGAAAGCAGGCAGCCACGAGGACGAGUUCAACAGUGUGAACGAACGCCUCAAUGACGCCUUCCAGGUGCUGUCUGGAGCUCUGCAGGUGGAACAGGGCAACGUGCUGCACCAGGUGUUUGAGCUGACCUCCAGAGAGAAAGAGGACGACGCGGACCGGAAGGAGGACAACGCAGAGCUGCAGACUAUGCUACUGCAGUACAUGAAAGAGCAGCAGGAGAAAACGGACGCCGUGCUGAAAGAAAUGGAAUCAGUCAAAAGCAACGUGGAAAAGAUUGUGGCGUUGUUGAAUAAGCCCAGCGCCACUGAUGAAGCCAUCCGAAUGAUCAAACCACAAGAGCUGAAAUACGAAUGUCCCAAAAAGCCCUUCAUGACAACGUCAUCCUCAGAGGUCUACAAAGGAGAGUACCGUAGAUUCCCGGUGGCCAUCAAGAGAUUCAUUGACCCUGUGAACACCAGCCCAAGUUUAAGUGAGUUGCGGAAAGUUUUCAACAAGGAGAUUGAAACCAUGAGGCGGUUUGAGUCGCCCAACAUCCUGCGAAUGUUUGGCAUCUGUGUCCAGGAUGAGGACGGACCCAGCCCUCAGUACCUCAUCAUCAUGGAGUACUGUGAGAAGGGAAGUCUCCGUCAGGUUCUGGACUCUGGUUGCAAACUGUCCUGGACCACGAAAGCAUCUAUGUGUCGGGACGCAGCGCGAGGGCUCUACCGACUGCACCACACUGAAGCAAAAUCUAAAGUUCAUGGAUCCAUCAACAGCAGCAAGUUCCUGGUGACUACAGGCAACAUCGUUAAGCUGGGAGGAUUUGAACUGUCAAAAACCGAGACGUCGCUGAGAAAAGCAACGAAGGACAAAGAGAUCAGAUCCCUGUGCUACUCCUCUCCUCUGAUGCUCCUCGACAUUAACCACAUCUACAGCACACAGUGUGAGAUUUACAGCUUUGGAAUCGUCCUGUGGGAAGUUGCAACCGGCAGCAAACCUUUUGAAGGUUGGUCAAAUACAGAAAUCCUUCAGAAAGUGGGCAAAGACAAAUUUCAGCAGCCGCUCCCCAACGACUGUCCUGAAGAGCUGGGACGUCUGAUCAACGACUGUCGGCACUAUGAUGGCUUCCAGAGGCCAUUUGCUGGAGUGCUGGUGGAUAAACUGCAAAGCGUGGUGGCCAAGUUAGAGGAGUGAUGAAACCCUUCAUCCCUCUGCCUCUCAGGGUUUCUGAGGCACUAAAAGCCAUACGUUGUUAUUUCAGUCAGUUCACUGUGACUCUGAGCAGCAUUGUAAUGUUUUUUUUGUUUUGUUUUUUUAAAUGAUUGCAUGUUAAAGGGAUAGUUCUGAUGUUUUAAAGUGUACAAAAGAUAACACAAAACACUGCAUGGUGAAUAAGAUUCAAAAGCUGAGUUGUAGUAUAUGUAGUAUUCUACAGACACAAAGGUAGGCUAACGUUGUGGGUUUCAUUUAGCAAGAUACCGAUUAAAUAUGCAGUAUUAGCUACGUUUUGUUCAUAUUCCGUUAACAUUAGCUAACUUAUCUUUGUCCGGAUGAUUGUGUUUGUCAGCAUUUGGCUUGUAGAUCUUAAUGUCAUACACCUACCUGUUUGUAAACUGGACAUCAGUCUCCGAAGAUUUACAUAUUUUGCACUGCUGACAGGUGUUCACUAACGCCAAAACACAUCAGUGACUGUAAUGGGUGGAAAACUGUCAAGGUCCUCCUAAUUGGUAAGGAUCGAUAUCAUAAACUAACUUCAGUUUUGUAAUAUAUGGCCCCUUUGCUUCUGUCAGCUUCUCUUUAUAUGGGCAUUUGUCUUUCGCACAUACUUUAUACAUUUCUGAUGAUGAACGGUUGACAGAUGACAGAUGAAUAGACCGGUGAUAAUGACAGUCUACCGUAGCUCAGUACGCUACCCUCCAAAAAUGGUGGUGCGUCCCAGAAUGCUCCACGAUUCCCAUUCCCUAUAAGCCUCGUGCAUACAGAAGUAAACCUGCAUGCGCCAAGCGAGCAAUUCUCAUUUCACUGAAUAGGCGCCAUCUUUGGGUCCAGUAUCCAGUUCUUAUUAUAGUGACAUUUGUUCGCACAAACUUACGUAAGCACAUGUCAUAUUUUGUUUUACAGGAGGAAAAGUUGAUUGGAUUUUUGUAUAAAAAUAGGAUAGAUUUUUUCAAUUUGUUUUUGCAUGUAUUGUUAAAUAGGUGCAGAAUAUAACCGGGGUAAAGGGGCAUUUUACAUUUUAUCUCGACUUUAGGUUUAAUUUUUAUCUUUUAUAGCCUUUAUGUUAUACCAUGACCACAAUUUCUCUCUGAGAAUAAAAGUGGUGUUAGAUUCAAUGUUUGAUUCAACAUAGGUGCUGAUGUUUAAAUGUUUAAAUAUAUUGAAUAAGAUCAAUCGAAAAAAAACAACUCCUUUUAUUCAUCCUCUUUUUACUCUUUUCACUGCACCAUUUAAACCAGGGGUUUAAUAUUAUUAAUCUCAUCCAACUAAAAUAUCAUAAAUGUUUGUUUUUUUAAUUUUCAUGUCUUUAUGUCUUUUAUAUGUCUUUUUUUAUUUGAGUAUGUCACAUUGAGUAUUUGUGUUCUUCUUUGACUGAGAAUUUAUUUCCAAUUGUGGUUGGAGGUCAAAUAUAGGAAUAUUAGUUUGAUGGCAGAAUGACAUCACAUGCAUUAUCUGCAGAUGAUGCACACAAUCAGGAAGCAAAGAGGAAAAAGCACUGUUUGAUCUUUCAGAAAACUGAACAUUUCUUUCAGUUUAUGACAUAAAUAUUCAUCAGAUAUGUGUGUUUAUAUAUAAAUAUAAGUUCUUGUCUUCUUCUUUACCAUCAUCGUUUAACAACUUCUUUAAAUCUAAUUCUCAAAUUCAUUCACA